CCAGCCUGCUAUUUCAUUCACAUAAAAGACUAAAUAUUGCAUGCUUUAUUCUUGCUUCUGCUGUUUUUGCUGUUUGUCUUUUUGCCUUCUCUUAGGAUUUACAAGAGCCUGCCACUUCAUCCCUGCCUUUGUUUUUGCCUUUGUUUCUGAGGAGAAAAGGCAGACGUGCUGUUUUUUUUUUUUCUCUCGCCAGGCAGGAAAGAGAGAUAUUGGGAGGGACUGCAGUGCGAAAUCUGCAGCACAGUGAUAGCGGAAGCUGCUUAUGAAUGAGUGUCAGUCUUUCUCCUUUGCUAGACACUCCUGAGGACAUUUUAUAUGAAUUAAUGCUUUCUGUUACCGGGGAGACAGUGAUGCUGCAUUGCUGCUGUUUUUAAGAUGAUUCUUAGGCUUUUUCCUGUUAUCUUUUUGGUUGUUUCAUUGACUUAUCUGCCGGAGAAACAUGUUGUUCCCCAUCUGUGCUUUUUCUUUUGACUGGUAUCUUCUGUAUCAUUCAUACAGUUUAGCCAGAUUCAGUUGCUAGUUGUUUUUGUGAAUCAGUUUCUGCUUUCUGUUUGUCCUUUCUUGCAGAGUGCUAAUAGAAGAUUUGUGUUGCACAUGAGUGAAAUUGUGUCAGUAUAAUUUCUUUUUGUUAAAAUUUUUGGGAACCUACUUAAAAAAACAAACAAACAAAGAAACAAAAAAAGAAAAAAAAAACAACCUAAUCAUAAAUACUAAGAGAAAUUGACAGGUGUGUUAAAUAGCCAUAGAUUUAGGAUAAUACUAACCUGAGCUUCAGGAAUGUCUGCCUACAUAAUGCUACUGUCAUAAAUAACAUGGAUAGGAUAUUUAAACCCAUUUCCAGUCAUACCAGAAUUUUGCUGCACUGUUCCUUUAGAUGAUUUUUUUUUAUCCUUUAAAAGCAAACCUUUAAUAUAAUUUCCAAUAGAGAUUUUAUUUUUUGUUGUUUCUUUUCUUUCUUUUUUAAUUUAAAAGGAUAGCUUCAUUAUUUUGCUUGAUCUAUAUUAAUGUCUUUGAUUACUUCAUAGUGUGACUUCCUUUCGUCACAACUUUUAUCAGAUCACCAGUUUAGUGACGUUAAUUGUUUUAAAACACAAAUUAAGAUAAAUUAUUCUGGCAAAUGAUUUUCCUAAGUUAGAUGAUCAAGCGCCCUCUCGGUCUUCAUUUCCUUUUCUCAGAAAAGCAAAUAAGGGGAAAAGGGUUAUGGAGAAUAAAUAUGAGACUAGGGAAUUUAAAAAUUGAUUGGUUCUAGUGUGCUGUAAGUGGGAGGUUUUUUUCCUCUCCCUCCAACAGGAAGUGAUUUGCAGUGUUCAGCAAGCCUUUUGUUGAGAAGGUUUUCUCAGAUCAGUGAGUCAUGCUUCAGCUCUGAGCCGGCAGGCAGCAGUCAGCAGGGUAUUUGCUCUUCCCUCGCAGGUUUCAUGAUCAUCAACAACACAGAUCUUUUUCUCUUCCUUUUACUUUUUGGAUUUUGAGGCAAAAAAUCCUAAGCAGCAGCAGCAUCACUACUGGAACAGGUGCACCACAACGCUGGCAACCUUUUCUCCUCUUCCUCUACUUCAAUUUUGUGUUUCCAUGGAUUGUGUCUGUGUAUUUCUCUUUGACGGACUGGAUUGCAGCUCCGGAUUUCACUGAGAGCAAAUUGGACUUGGGCGACAGCAGCAGCACAAGCUCAGCACAACCACCAGUGUAACCUCAAUAGAGAAAAUUACAGUCAGGUGGCCUGUGAUUGCUGAAAGGCGUUUGCUGCCUGUGCCGUUGCUGCUAUGUUACAGGAGAGGGCAAUCAGCGCGGCUCAGCCACGUCUGCCUGCACGCUUGUGAAGGAGGCAGGCUGUGCAUGUUGGUUGGUGGAGAACGGGGCGAGAGCAAGAGAGAGAAGGGUAUGCUUCACCGUACCAAGUACAACCGCUUCAGGAAUGAGUCAGUAACAUCCGUCGAUGAGCUUCUCCACGGCCUGUCCAUGAACCCCAAGGUCUCGGCCACCCCCCAAUCUGCAGCCGAGACAACUUACACACCCCCAACCGAGGUUCAUUCCUCUUCCACCACUGCUCCUUCCAGCACCCCCACCAGCCACGGCUCUGACCACCUUGAAGAUGGAGGUACCACCCUCUGCACCCUCAUCAACAAGGUGUCCAGCCUGAAAUUCAGCAACUCGGGCAGCUUACUUGGCAUCAAGGGUCUGCCCUCGGCUGUCAAGGACCUGGCUGUGUCCAAGCUGCAGGGGGGUGGGGGAUCAGGCUCAGGCAGCUCCAGCGGCACGAGCCCCAGUGCGGCGACAGCAGCAGCAGCAGCCUCUGGUGUGGGAGGCUCUCUGUGCAGCUCCAUCUCCAAUUCAACCCCCUGCUCGCAGCUGGAGCCAGCUGUCAGCAUGAGCAAGAAGAGCAGGCUCGAUGAACUUCAGCCUAGUGGAGAGGACUGGAAUCCAGGUGGUGGUGGUGGACUGGUGAGCAAACCCUCCAGGGGAUGGCUACACUCAAAUGACAAGAUCUCUGGUCCAGGAGUCACAUACAUUGUGAAGUAUCUGGGCUGCAUCGAAGUCCUGCGGUCAAUGAGAUCCCUGGAUUUCACUACAAGGUCACAAAUAACAAGGGAAGCCAUCAGUUUGGUAUGUGAGGCUGUUCCUGGGACCAAAGGAGCACUGCGGAAGAGAAAGCCACCAUCCAAAGCUCUGUCCAGCAUUUUGGGGAAGAGCAAUCUACAGUUUGCUGGCAUGUCCAUCAAUUUAAAUAUCUCCACUAGUAGCCUCAACCUGAUGACCCCUGACUGCAAACAGAUCAUAGCCAACCAUCACAUGCAGUCCAUCUCCUUCGCUUCAGGUGGAGAUCCUGACACGACAGAUUAUGUUGCAUAUGUAGCAAAGGACCCUGUUAACAGAAGAGCAUGUCACAUUCUUGAGUGCUCUGAUGGACUGGCCCAGGAUGUCAUCAGUACCAUUGGCCAAGCUUUUGACCUCCGUUUCCAGCAGUACCUGCAGUGUCCCUCAGGCAAGCUGUCCUCCACGCAUGACAGGGUAUUAAAUAUGGAGGAGUUGCCAUGGACAGAGGAAGAGGAUGAGUCAGCAGAACACCCUUACUAUAACAACAUCCCUGGCAAAAUGCCACCCCCUGGAGGCUUCAUUGACACCCGACUGGCUAAUCAGAAUGCAGCAUCAGAUGGCUACCAGAUAGGUCCAGGCUCAGUGGAUCAGACGUAUUAUCAGGGGCGGCACUGUGAAAACUGGGCAGAUGAAAGAAAGCCCACUUUCUUUCAACAGGGAUCAUUUGAUAUAAGCAGUCUACCAGAGAGUAAAGGUCAAGCACCAAAAACAGGCGAGAUGCCCACAUAUGUGAACACCCAGCAGAUUGAUGCCCAGGUGCUUGCAGCUCUCCAGGCAGAAGCAGAAAAUGUGACAAAGGGGAUGGCAGCUGCAGCUAAAGAGAGCCCACAAAAGGACCUGUUUGACAUGAAGCCCUUUGAGGAUGCCAUUCAGUCUCAGUCCCAGCCACCAUCUCAGGGGCAAUCCCAGUCCCAGGUGUCCAGUCUUCACAAGGCAGCAUCUUUGGACAAUUCCAGCCCCCUUCUUGUGAGAUCAUUGGCCUUCCGUGCACAGGAGGAGUUGGAGGGCCAGAUGUGGUAUCAUGGCAAAAUGAGCCGCCGAGAUGCUGAAAAACUGCUGAAGGAUGAUGGGGACUUUCUUGUUCGUAAGAGCACGACCAAUCCAGGGUCCUACGUGCUGACAGGCAUGCACAAUGGACUUGCCAAACAUUUACUGCUGGUGGACCCUGAGGGCACGGUACGGACAAAAGAUCAUAUAUUUGACAGCAUAAGCCACCUUAUUGGCCAUCACCGUGACAACAAUCUGCCAAUCGUGUCAGCUGGAAGUGAACUGUGUCUCCUGCAACCUGUUGAAAGGAAACAGUGACACCAGCAAUGCCUGAUGGGAAACAGGAAGCGCUACUCUGUAUCUUGAAGAUGAAACAUGAGAAGAAGAUGCCAAAAGGCUCUCUGCUCAAAACUGACCAGUUUUACUGGAGUCACUGGAAGACGCAAGAUUUGUUUAAGAUAAAAAAAAAAACGAACAAAAAGAAAAAAUCGUUUAUAGAACUGUUAUUAUUUUGUUGUGAUGACUGAAAUGUUAUAUUUUUGAAAAGAAAUAGAUGCAUUUGGACAUAAUAUCUUGAUUGGUGUUUUAAAAGAUAAAAAGAGACAAUUGUUCUUGUAGUUUAGACAAAGUGCAAAUCAAACCUCAGAGAGGGGUUCAGAAGAAUAUUUUAGAAAAAAAAAAUCUAAAAUUUUAGUUUUGUCUGUCAAGCACAACCACAUUUCUACAGGAGCUGUUGGCUAAGAGGUUCAAGACGCAGAAAUGAACAUUAGGAAAAAUGUCCUUUAAACUUGUCAUUAGUGUGACAGCUUACUCGAUUAGUCACUAUAUGAAACCUGCUUUUACUGGAGAUUAGAACUGAUUGUGUUUUGCUUUGCAGUUGUCACAAAGUGUCAGGGUGCAAACGCACCUCUCAUAGUGCUGUCACUGGCUUUAAAAAUCAACUUUUUAUGAAGUAUUUUCUUGUGUCACUGCAGUCGCAUGACUUAAAAUCAACUGUUCUUGUGGCCAUGUUCGUAGACUUUGAUACCCCUUUAUUUGAAAGAGGUGCUUGUGUAUGCUGACACUGUAAAUUAUUUAUGCUUUAAAACCAGUGAUUAUUUCUGAAUUGGUUUCCUCUGAAUUCUUUUAGGUGUGUAGUCGGUGAUUAGUUUUGGUGCUUGAGUCAUGCAGUUGGUAUUCUCACAAUCUUUAUUAACAUUUUUAGCUUUUCAGUGAACUUUUAGAAGUUUAAUGUUGUUUAUUUGAAUGAUCACAAAUGAAUAGCACAAUCAAGACGUUAGAUCACCUGUGUCAGUUGUACCAAGAUGGAUUACCAGCGUGUUGAGACGUAAUUAGAUAAAUUCUGCUCUCAACACAGAAACUUCACUUACAUUCAUUGAUUUUUCUUUUCUUUUCUUUUUUUUUAAUCUUAUGGCAUUAACAUUCUUUAACCACUAGGUGUCAUUAUAGCACUACUUGUUUACCCCUGUUAUCGCUGCAGUACUCAAUUUUUAAGCAUUCAUAUGUGACAGAUCAGAGUUAAUUUUGUUUUGCAGUCAUUUGUAAACAUUUAUUCAUCUGAACAGUUUAGUAUUUAGGUCAUACUGACUGAGUUGGCUUCUAGUAACUGUCCACAGCAGUUCUGGAAACAGCCUUUUUUAAAAUGCUCUCAUCCUUACUAUUGUCAGGACUCUGAUGGAAACCAAAUGAAUGAGACAUUGUAUUUGAUAUGCACUCGACCACUUCAAUUGAACCAAAAUCGGUAUGUGUUCAGUGCGUUUGACAAGACAGAUGCAACGUUAUAUAAUGUGCCUGUGUUUUGCUGCAAGAGGGUGUGUGCACUACAUGCAUCUCACAACAAUAGUUUGGCCAGAAAGGACUAUUGGAAAUAUUACAAAAAACUCUUACCCACCUUUUAUUUUUGCAGUCUCUGUAAUAUAAUUUGAUGAAAUCUAAUAUCUAUUGAGAGGGACUAAUGUGGUGAUCUUUUAUAAAACUCUAUGCUAACAAAAAUAAUUCCUUUGAGUCUUUAUUUAAAUUUGUAGAUUCUCUUUAGCAAAAUGUGCAAAGCUUUGAGCAAACUAUAUAUAUAUAUACAUAUAUAUAUAUAUGUAUAUAUCUAGAAAUGACUUCAUACUUGAAUUUCUCUGAUAACAUGCGGUUAGCUUUGUGACAUAAGGAAAGAAACCAAACACACUAGGACACAAAUAAGAACAUAGCUUCUUUCCAGAAUUCUGUUGAUGAAAAUGUGCCUUUUAUUUGUAUAAAUGGUGUUUAUCUUUUUCUUUCUUUUUUUCUUUCUUUCUUUCUUUCUUUCUUUCUUUCUUUCUUUCUUUCUUUCUUUCUUUCUUUCUUUCUUUCUUUCUUUCUUUCUUUCUUUCUUUCUUUGUCUUAGUGCAAUAGCUGAUCUUCAAUGGGGCAUGCCUGUUCACUUGAGGUUGUGUUUUGCCCUGCUGCGUGUUGCUGCUUGAAACUACUGUUUUCUCUCUAUAUCUUUGUCUCUUUCCCGCCCUUCCUCCCUCUCUAUUAUUAUAUAUUCUAAAUGUAUAAUUUCCAGAUUAUAAAUAUAAAUCUUUGUCAGAGGGAAUCACAUUGAAACUCACUAUUUUGGGACAAAUAAAGUGAAAAAAGGAAAUUAAAAAAAAAGUCCAAAUGAUGUUUACAGAUUUAAUCUUUUGGUUGUAUGGGUUUAUCAUUAUUCCGUGUGACUGUUGGCAAUAAAAUUGUGAAUGUGUAUAAUUUCUGCUCUCAGUGCUGUAAUACUCUCAUUUUAUGCCACCUGCAGUUUUUACACACUCAUCUUAAUUUCCUUGUUUUUUUCUUUAGUUUCUGUUAAAGCAUUUUGCUGUCUGUGAGAUAUCUUCCCCUCUAUAUCAAGAUGGUGAACUGAAUUGUUUGUAGCAUGCAAAUAAAAACUCAAUAAUUC